CGCCCCCUUCGUUACGUCACGCUGACGUCACCAGGAAGUCCACUGCAACCAAAGGAGGCAUCAUGGCAGAACACACAGACCCACGUGAGUUUGGCGGCCAUGCAGCUGUUGAUGAGAUGCCCGAGCUCUCUGAUGAUGAUGAUGAUGGCAUUGAUCAUGAUGAAGAUACGUGGCAGUGGAUGGAGGAGGAGGAGGACAGUGAGCCGGUUAAAGUCACAUGUCUGUUCUGUGACAGGUUGCUGAGCUCGGUGCCUGCCACCCUGCAGCACUGCACGGCUGAGCAUCAGGUCAACCUUGUGGACGUGAUAAGAAAACACAAUUUAGAUGACUACGGUUACAUAAAGAUGAUCAACUUCAUACGGUCAAAAAAAUGUGACGCAUCCGGUCUGAUCGGACUGCCAGAUGCUCCUCUACCUUGGGAGAGCGAAGACUUCCUGCGACCAGUCCUACAGGACGACCCUCUGCUGCAGACAGACCCAGAGGAGCUCUGCGAGGGCUCGAGCGUAUCGAUGUCCACAGCGUCUGGGGCCGCGUCCCAUGAUGCACUGCAGCAGAGGGCCCAGGCGGCAGAGGAGAGAGCCCGUACUUCCGAGGAGGCGUUGACCAGAGCCAUGGACGACCUGCACAAACUCAAGCUUCUGGCUCAGGGUUUGGUUCUGAACGCAGAGACGGGCAAACCCGGCAACCUGAGCACGGUGGCCGAGCUCCGAGAGGACGAGGACGAGGCCUACUUCAGCUCCUACGGCCACUACGGCAUCCACGAGGAGAUGCUGAAGGAUAAAGUGCGCACGGAGAGUUACCGCGACUUCAUGUACCGCAACCCCGAGGUGUUCAAAGACAAGGUGGUGCUGGAUGUGGGCUGUGGGACUGGCAUACUGUCCAUGUUCGCUGCCAGAGCCGGGGCCAAGCAGGUCAUAGCAGUCGACCAAUCAGAAAUCAUCUACCAGGCCAUGGACAUAGUCAGGUCCAACAAGUUGGAGGACAAGAUCACUCUGAUCAAAGGCCGCAUAGAAGACAUCAAGCUCCCAGUGGAGAAGGUGGACAUCAUCAUCUCAGAAUGGAUGGGUUACUUCCUGCUGUUUGAGUCCAUGAUGGACUCUGUCCUGUACGCCAGAGACCUCUACCUGGCUGACGGCGGCUCAGUCUAUCCGGACCUUUGUAACAUCAGCCUGGCUGCAGUUGGAGACGCACAGAAGCACCAAGACCACAUUGCAUUCUGGGAUGACGUGUAUGGCUUCAACAUGGCGUGCAUGAAGAAGGCUGUGGUGCCUGAGGCAUUUGUGGAAGUGGUGAAAGAAGACACGCUCAUCUCUGAGCCUGCAGUCAUACAGACGUUCGACUGUAACAGAGUUUGUCUGUCUGAGCUGGAGUUCGCAUCAGAUUUCAGCCUGAAGAUAACAAACACCACAGAAUGCACAGCAAUUGUCGGCUACUUUGACAUUUUCUUUGACAAAGACUGCGGCAACAAGGUGAUGUUCUCCACGGGUCCUCUGGUCACAAAGACGCACUGGAAACAGACCGUCUUCCUACUGGAGAGGCCUGUCUCCGUCAAAGCAGGGGAGGAGCUCCGGGGGAAGAUCACCGUGCGGAAAAACAAGAAGGACCCUCGCUCACUGUGGGUCACCUUUGACCUCGGAGACAGGAAGCAGACUUACAGCCUGCAAUAACGUCAGCCAUCGCAUGGUAAAAAAAAAAAAAAAAACAUCCAGCAAACAUAGCCUACUUUUUAAUUGACCAGCCAUGUGCUCUCAUACGAGAUCAAGUGGAAGUUGAACACUUGAUAUUGAUGUUUUCGAAUGUUCGGAUUGUUUCUGUGCCUUGUAAUAAAAUACAUAACGU